CUUCUCAGCGACAAACACACGGGUAAGGAACAUCUCUGUCUCUACUACUACUGUCUCUACUACUUCAGAAUGGUUUUCUCUACAGACUAUAUACCACUGCGUUGUAGGGUAAUUGUAAUACUGCUGCUAGCCCUUGUGUCACAGACCUUGUCACAGUAUAGUUCGGGAUACCAAGUCCAGACUGUUUCAGCUGGCCGAGAUAACGGUUACAACCACAACCGCGGAUAUCCCGAUCCGCAAUAUUUCGGGCCACACGAGGAAAGAGGGAGUUACGGCGGCGGCAGAAGUCAGUAUAUACCGUACGAGAGCUACAGCGCGCCAACCCAACGUUAUGGAAGCCGCUACGAAUACCAAUCACCAUAUUCCAGUCUGUAUCACAAACUGUUCCAAGACUACGCCCACGUCAAGGUACCCACAGUGGAUCCACAUAGCGGAGAGCACGCACAAGACGGUGCCCACGAUCGCGCUGGGCAAUCGCAGUAUAGUGGUGGCAGCGGUGGGGUAGGGCAGUAUCACGAGGUCGCCUAUGGUAGUAGCUAUGGUGACAAUAGUGGUAGCUAUGGUGAUACCAGUAGUAGCUAUGGUGAUACCAGUGGUAGCUAUGGUGAUACCAGUGGUAGCUAUGGUGACACCAGUGGUAGCUAUGGUGACAAAGGAAGAUAUCACGCCGACCAACACAGAGGAGAGAGACCCACCACUCACUGUCAUCUGUACAGAGAUGACAAGGAGCAAUAUGAGAAAUGCCUGGGAUGUACUGGUUCCGACAGGUUCUUCGUAUGCCCCGUAGCGGGAGUCUACAAGCCGGAGAGGGCAUAUGGCCCGAAAGAAGAAGUACACGAAGCCCCACGCCGCCAUUUUGCCCAUACAGACCCUCAGUGUUACUGGCAGUGUGACGAGUUCGGGCGCGCGUUUGGUCAGCCUUGCCCAAAAGGACUAACAUUCAACACACAUGCGCAAGUCUGCAUCCGGCUUUAAACUGAGUUUGAACUACACGUGCACGGAUUUCCAGUUGGCACCCAGAAGCCUCAAAGACUGGCGUUGUUUAAGACUGAUGAAUGUUUUAUAUGGAAUGUGUUACUCUUGUGUUUUGGAUCUAAUGUGAAAUCAAAGACAUUACGUUAUUGUAAUUAGGUUAUUAACAAACAAAUACGAGUUUUACAUGGUAGGCCCAGGAGCCUUUAGAAACGUAUAAAAGAAAAAAAAAAAGGAGUAAAAGGUUGUCACUUAGAACAUUAAACUGACCACGACAACACCUUAAUAUAUCUGUAUAUUUCCCUUUCAUUUUAAUUCAGAUUAUGGUGUAGAUAAUUAGUGAUUUUGGUUGGCUUUGUAAAG